CAGAUUAAGUGCAUAUCUUUCUGAUGAAGACACUGAGGACGAAUUGACAUCUUUGGAGGACUAUACAUGAAUUCUCAAAACCUUAUGGAAACUGUUAAUAAAAAAUUUCAAGGAUUUAAAAUUUCCAAGCACAUUGUCAAGAAAUGUGACAGAUUGCAUAAACCUCAUAAGGCAGGCAAAGCUGAAAGAAAGUCUGAAAUUUCACUUGCUUCCCAAACAGGUGGAGAAGGUCUGGCCCAGUGUUUGAAGGUCCAACCGAAGGCUUUAGAGAGGCUGACUCCAGGCCUUUCAGCUCCUUGCUCAACGCUAAGUGAAAAUUAUUCAGGCCUCACCCAUUGCCAAAUCUUCGAAUCCCCUGAAAACCUCGGAGAGGAGGCCAAGAGGGCAAGUCUUACUGACUUUUCCCUUUUCUGCCCUCCUGCCAGCCCUAUCCUGGUAGAGUCUGACCCCUCGGACUCGGAGCCACCCCUCGCCACCACAGCACAGACUGAGGGUCAGAGUGUGGAUCCCGCGUUCAUCCGCACCAUCACCUCUGCUGAGCACGUCUGUGGGGAGAAGAGGUACAAGUGCUCUGGAUGUCUGCGUUACCAUGACACCCUGGGCUCCCUAAUGAGCCAUAUUGAACAAGGCUGGAGAGAGGGAUUCAGCUGCAGAGUGUUCUACCUGAAGCUCAAGUCUAUAUGGGAACAGAGCCUCCUAACACACAGCCAGGUGACCUCGGUGGUCUCUGGCUCAGACUCACAACUCAGUUCACUUACCAGUCUCCAAGGAGAGAAAAACAAAAUUACUAAGCAGAAGAAGACUGACAUGAUUCACAAAUGGCUGCAGAACACAGAGCUUCCCACCACAUCUCACUGAUGAACUCUCCAUGGACAGAAAAAAAGACGUCCAUGUAGACUGGAUGUAGUCUAAGAUAUCCCUAAUUAAACAGAAACUAAAAGUGAA